CCCACGCCUUAGUGUCUUUGUGUAACUACACCGACCCAUCUCCUCUUAUUCAAUUUCAAAGCAACGCAAAACUUAGCUCCAUAACUCGUACUCCUUCUCCAUUCCCCCAACACUUAUUCUCCUUUUCACCCAACCACGUUCUUAUAUAAGUUGAACAUACUCCCUUAAGGCUCCGACACUCACGAGUUCCUUCCCAUUUGUCUCUUAAGCUUUAGCUAUCAUAUAUUUUCUCUCUUCGAGUAUUUUGUUUUAUUUACAUAUCAAUCCUAAACGGCUAAACGAUAAAGAAUAUGUCUAGCCGGAGGUCAAGAUCUAGGCAAUCCGGUGGUUCGAGAAUCACUGAUGAUCAAAUCAAUGAUCUCGUCACAAAGUUGCAGCAGCUUCUUCCCGAGAUUCGCAACAGUAGGCGUUCCGACAAGGUUUCAGCAUCGAUGGUGUUACAAGAAACUUGCAACUAUAUAAAAAACUUGCACAGAGAGGUGGAUGAUCUAAGCGAGCGACUGUCGGAGCUAUUGGCAACAACAGACACUGCCCAAGCUGCCGUAAUCAGGAGCUUACUUUCGCAAUAGAUCAGAGAACCUGCGAGUUAUUUCAGGACGACGACGUCGCAUGAUUAUGGUUAUUUAGAUGAUGAUCAGUACUUCACUACUAUAACGUUAUGUAAUAGGCAUCGUUUAUUCUUCUCAAUUUGAUCUAUUUCUCUAGCAUUUUUAUAUUUUUCUAGGGUUUUUGUUCAGUCGUCGAUUUAGUUCUGUAGCUACAGGUUAAUGAUCAUGAUCGAUGCAGAAUAUCCGUAGGCAAAGCUUUACUUGUACUGCUGUGUGUUACGAUUGAGGAGUUGAUGUCAUAU